AUGGUGCAGCUGUUAAACAACUCCAACAAUGCCAACCAAAUAUCUGAAAAGCGAUACCAGCAGCAUGAGGAACGUUUCAUGGCGCAAGAAGGGGAAAUGCGGAGCCAGAAGGCUUUAAUUCAAACCAUCGAGAAUCAAGUCGGCCAAUUGGCCAAGAUGUUAUCUGAAAGACCCCAAGGUAGUCUUCCAGAUAACACAGAACCAAACCCGAGAGGGCACGUUAAUGCAGUAAUGAUAAGGAGUGGUAAAACCAUGGGACCUGACAAAUCGGACUCACCACCGAUCACUGAGACGGUCCAAACUGACGCUUCGGACGAGGUGCACGCUAGGCGAGUCCCAGCAAGUACAGCACAGCUCCAGGAGCCAGUAGCAGAUUUCAUUCCUCCGAUUCCAUAUCCGAGCAGAUUGAAGAAACAGAAGGACGAUGAACAACUUGGUAAGUUUCUAGAAAUGUUUAAACAAUUACACAAAAACAUACCAUUUGUUGAGGCGUUGGCUCAAAUGCCUAAAUACGCAAGGUUCUUAAAAGACAACCUCACAAACAAGCAGAAACUCGAAAGCUUGUCUUGUGUGUUGAUAAAUGAAAACUGUUCAGCCCUUCUCCAAAAUCGUCUACCUGAAAAGAUGGGAGAUCCGGGCAGUUUUACUCUUCCCUGCCUCAUUGGCAGCAUGUCUAUCAGUCACGCAUUAGCAGAUUUAGGAGCUAGUAUAAAUCUUAUGCCUUAUAAGGUUUUCGCUAAAUUAGAUCUGGGUGAACCUUCACCCACUAGAAUGAGCAUUCGACUUGCAGAUCGUUCAAUUAAGUAUCUGCGUGGAUUCGUUGAAAACAUGCUUGUUAAAAUCGAUAAAUUUGUUUUUCCCGUGGAUUUUGUUAUUCUUGACAUGGACAAAGACUCAAAAGUGCCAUUAAUACUUGGACGCCCGUUCCUCAAUACUACGAGGACAAUUGUUGAUGUGGUAGCUGGCCAAAUCACACUCCGAGUAAAUGACGAGCAUGUGACUUUUGAUAUUAAAAGAUCAAUGCAACAUCCGCAGAGUCACGAUGACAUGCUUUACUAUGUCAACAUUGUCGAUACUUGUGUAAGCUCUCAUUUCCAAGGCACGAUUGAAGAAAUUGAUACGGACACACAUCUGUUGUGUGGAAACCAAAAUGGCAUUUCGCAGGAAGGCCGCGAAGUUGAGCAGCCAGUUUUCCAAAUCGAUGAAGAUGGUUCCCAAAGUCCAGAUCAAUUUGUGGAGAUUGACCGUGAAGUUGAAGAAAAGUCAAAACUGUCGGUAGAAGACCCACCGUCUUUGGAGUUAAAAGAACUCCCAUCGCAUCUCGAGUAUGCAUUUCUAGACGAGGAGUGUCACUUGCCAGUCAUCAUUUCAGCAUCUUUAGCAAAAAAGGAGAAGAGACAACUUCUCGAAGUUCUAAAGCUCCAUAAGAAAGCCAUGGCGUGGAAGAUUAUGGAUAUCAAAGGCAUUAAUCCUUCUUUUUGUACUCAUAAGAUUCUAAUGGAAGAGGAUUACAAGCCUAGUGCACAACAUCAAAGGCGUUUGAAUCCAAAUAUGCAAGACGUGGUGAAGAAAGAAGUAAUCAAGUUGUUAGAUGCAGGGCUAAUUUAUCCUAUAUAUGAUUCUGUUUGGGUAAGUCCAGUGCAAGUAGUACCCAAGAAAGGUGGUAUUACUGUAGUUCCAAAUGAUAGGAAUGAACUUAUUCCUACCCUUACCGUCACCGGAUGGCGAGUUUACAUCGAUUACUGCAAACUCAACGAUGCCACCCGUAAGGACCACUUCCCGCUUCCAUUCAUCGACCAGGUGUUGGAAUGA